UCGACACUAGACAAGAAUGACGAUCGAUAUUUAUUUUUCAGGUGCAAAAGUUUUAUUCAGAUCGUUUCAUCGAGCUUGGAGACAAAUUAGUCUCGCAAUUACUUAUUUUCUAAGUCAAGUGAGAGGUGAAUGUGCUUAUCAAUAUCCAAAUUUUUUGUUGCCGGGUGUUUAGAAUUUGAAAGAUGGUUCCGACUGCCGGUUGUCCAGCCACUGCGAAACAAACAACAAAUACUAGUGGCGCCACCAAGUAGAUAUAAUACUAACAGUCGUCUAAAGAAAAAAUAAAAAAAAGAGAUCUUGUUCACAUUAUAAAUCCUUUCAUUGAAAAGUUUAAAUGAAGAGUUUGAGUAGUAACACCACGAAAUGAGAGAUGCAUUGGAAUUGUUAAUUAAGGAAAGUAUAACGUUUUCAUUUAGUCUUUAUAAUUUUUAGAAGACCAAGGUUUUAAUUUUCAUAUUUUUGCACGAUGGCUGAUACUGAUGCCCAUGAUGGAGUGUUUUGGGGUAGUUCUGGAGAUCCUAGUUUAGCACGUGAUGGACUUUCAGGAGAAGAGUUAUUUGGUGUUGGCGAUGGACUCACGUUCAAUGACUUUCUCAUUCUUCCUGGCUAUAUUGACUUUACUCCUGAUGAUGUGGUCCUGACAUCACUUCUGACAAGAAAACUAGCUCUGGCAGCCCCGUUAGUAUCUUCUCCAAUGGACACAGUCACAGAAUCUGAAAUGGCCGUGGCGAUGGCUGUAGGUUGA